AGUAGUUGUAGUUGUGGUGGUAGCAGGGGUCACCAUAAUGAACAGCUUGGAUUUUGAAAAGCAGGAGAAGCGCUACUGUAUUCAAGGCAAGCAUGUAGCCAUCAUCUGUGCUACAGUGGCGGUCUGUUCCUUAGUUGUAGGUCUUGCAGUGGGACUAUCCAAGACCUCCAGCGAGACCUCUCCUCCUCCGACUUUACCCCCAACGGGGAAGCCUCCCACGCAGCCGACGAAGCCUCCCACGCAGCCGCCGCAGACUUCCACGCAGCCGCCUCAGCCUUCCAAGGGACCCUGCCUGCCAUCCGAAGACUCCACCGGAGACUGGAAGAACUUUCGCUUGCCUAACUAUGUCAAUCCAGUUCACUAUGAUUUGCACCUGGAGCCAAAUAUGGUUGAUGAUACCUACUCUGGAACGGUGGACAUUCAAGUGGAGGUGACCCAGACCACCAAACAUUUGUGGCUGCAUAUCAGGGAGACAUACGUGAGCGCGCUGCCCCGUUUGAGGGCCGGGGCGAGCCAGGAGGAUGGGGCGAGUGUGGGGGUGACCAGGUGUUUUGAGUACAAGACGCACGAGUAUGUGGUGGUGGAGGCGGAGACGACCCUAGCCCCGGGGAACUACGUACUGAGUCUGGACUUCAAGGGGGUGCUCACCGGGUCCGUGGUGGGGUUCUACAGGGUGGUGUACAUCGAGGGAGGCGUCACCAAAAAGAUCGCAGCCACCGAUCACGAGCCCACCGACGCCCGCAAGUCCUUCCCCUGCUUUGACGAGCCCAACAAGAAGGCCACAUACACAGUGUCCAUCACCCAUGACAAGGCCUACAAGGCUCUGGCCAACAUGCCCCAGGAGGGCGAAUCAGAGGUCUUACCUGGAGACAAGCUGAAGACCUCCUUCAUCAAGUCGGUCCCCAUGAGCACCUAUCUGGUCUGCUUCGCUGUGCACCAGUUUGAGUCUGUGCAGAGGAUUUCUGCUAGAGGAAUACCUUUAAAGAUCUGGGCCCAGCCUUCUCAGCUGCACACCGCAGUGUACGCUGCUGAUACUACCAAGAUCAUCUUUGAUUACUUUGAGGAAUACUUCAACAUGAACUACAGCAUCUCAAAACUUGAUAAGAUAGCCAUUCCUGACUUUGGCACUGGGGCCAUGGAGAACUGGGGCCUUAUCACCUACAGAGAGACCAACCUGCUGUACGAUGAGAAAGAGUCGUCCUCCACCAACAAGCAGAGAGUGGCCAGUGUCAUCGCCCAUGAACUGGUGCAUCAGUGGUUCGGAAACAUAGUGACCAUGGACUGGUGGGACGACCUGUGGCUGAACGAGGGCUUCGCCAGCUUCUUUGAGUAUGUGGGCGUGGAGCAGGCUGAGCCCACCUGGGGAAUGCGAGACAUCAUGAUCAUCAGUGAUGUCUUGCCCGUGAUGGAGGACGAUGCCCUGCUCUCCUCUCACCCCAUAAUCGUGGACGUUUCUACUCCGGCCGAGAUCACUUCUGUCUUCGACGCCAUUUCAUACAGCAAGGGUGCUUCAGUGCUGCGAAUGCUGGAGGACUGGAUGGGCAAAAACAUGUUUAGAGAUGGUUGUCGGCAAUACUUGAAGGAUUACUAUUUCACAAAUGCCAAAACUGCAAACUUCUGGGCGUCACUUGCAAAGGCGAGCGGUCUUCCCGUUGCGGAGGUGAUGGACACUUGGACUCAGCAGAUGGGAUACCCAGUCGUGAUGCUGUCUGUCACCGAGACAGCGGCCAAACUUACCCAGAAACGCUUCCUCCUGGACCCCAACGCGGACAUCAGCCAACCCCCCACUCCUCUAGGGUAUAAGUGGACAAUGCCUGUGGAAUUCCAUGCUAUAAAGAGCAACAGGGACUUCAUGGCAAUGUUUAACAAGACAGAAUCAGAGCUCGUGGUGCCUCCGUACUCCUCUGCGGUGGAUGGGCUGUUGAAGGUGAACAACGACCACAUUGGCUUCUACAGAGUGAACCACGACGAGCACGUGUGGACCUCCAUCAGCCAGCAGCUCCUCUCAGAUCAUACAGAAUUUGAUGCAGCUGACAGAACCAGUUUUAUCGAUGACGUCUUUGCUCUUGCAAGGGGAGACAUCAUAGACUACGGAAAUGCCUUUAACCUUACCCAGUAUCUGACCAAUGAGACGGAGUACAUUGUGUGGAAGACUGUGGCCACUUCUAUCUCUUAUGUCCGGGAAAUGCUGUCAAAUAAUGAUGCACUCUAUCCUAAGUUUCAGAAACUCUUCCGAAAUCACGUCACAGCCAUCGCUACUAAACUGGGCUGGGAGGAUGUGGGAGACCAGAAAACCAGGUUGCUACGGGAGACGGUCCUGGGCAUCGCCUGUGGGAUGGGAGACGAUGCGGCGCUGAACGAAGCCUCUCGCCUGUUUGACCAGUGGAUCGAUGGGACACUGAGUAGCGUGGCUGUGAACCUCCGGCUGCUCGUCUAUCGUUACGGCAUGAAGAGAUCUGGGACUGCUGCAAAGUGGGAGACAAUGUUCCAGAGAUACACCACCUCCACACUGGCCCAGGAGAAAGACAAACUUCUGUAUGGACUGGCCUCUGUGGAGGAUGUCAAUCUUCUCUACAGGCUGCUGGAGGCCUCUAAAGACGAGAGCGUGGUGCGCAGUCAGGACCUGUUCACUUUGGUGCGCUACGUGUCCUACAACCCCCUGGGACAGAGCAUGGCCUGGGACUGGACCACUCUCAACUGGGACUACCUGGUCGACCGUUACACCAUCAAUGACAGGAACUUGGGCCGUCUCCUGGGCUACAUCAGCACCUCGUACAACACAGACUUGCAGCUGUGGAAGAUGGAACACUUUUUCAAGAUGACACCAAACGCAGGGGCAGGGGAGAUGCCCAGAAAACAGGCCCUAGAGACGGUCCGGAACAACAUCGAGUGGCUGCGCCGUAACCAGGACGAGAUCAAACUAUGGCUGGACAACAAUGUGGUAUAGUCACAACACGGCAUAGGCCCAACUUACUGAACUGGCACUGGACUCAUAAUCUGCACCAUUUUAUUUACUUUGUAUUGUAUAUUAUGUUGUACUUGUGAUUCUGUAUUGUUAUGAGUAAAUUAUGUAUCAGAUUAAAUAUAAGUCUAUUUUAUUUUUUGUAUGACAUUUGAGGACUGAAAGAUUUAAUCAUUA